UAGUUUAUAACUGCUCUAAUAAUACAACCCUCUUCUCUAACCAAGCGGCUGAUGAUGAUAGCCGGAGAUUUACCGGCAGUCACGUCGUAGCUGGAUAAGGCUUAGUGUCAUGGAAAAGCUAGGCGCUAUAAGAGCAUUGAGUCAAUCCAAAUAGGCAAGCAGCAGCCUACUACAGGUAGCUCACAGCUUUCCUUUCCGCCCCAACCCGCCUGCAAUAUAGCCCGCCCCUUCCAACUACACCGCGCCGCCUCUCGAUUUUCCAGCGCCUCCGAAUAAUAAAAAACACAAACAACGAAAACAAUUUUCACCGACAAACAAACCCGACGCGAAAGUUCAACUAUCCACCCCCCAAACCGACACCAUCUUUUAUUCGUCGCGCCGAAACCCGUUCGAUUUUAUUAGCAUUAAUAAAAUAUCGAUUUCGCCCACAUUAGUAUAAACAAUGGCUGGUGGAAAAGGCAAAUCAUCUGGCGGCAAGAGUUCGGGCGGGAAGACUUCGGCUGCUGAAGCUCCCAAGAAGCAGCAGAGCCAUUCUGCUCGUGCUGGACUUCAGUUCCCCUGUGGUCGUGUUAAGCGUUUCUUGAAGCAAAACACACAGAACAAGAUGCGCGUUGGCGCCAAGGCUGCCGUCUAUGUUACAGCCGUUCUCGAGUAUCUGACUGCCGAAGUCCUUGAGCUCGCAGGCAAUGCCGCCAAAGACCUGAAGGUUAAGCGUAUUACUCCUCGUCAUCUCCAACUCGCCAUCCGCGGUGACGAAGAACUGGACACGCUGAUUCGUGCAACUAUCGCUUUUGGUGGUGUUCUACCCCACAUCAACCGUGCCCUACUACUCAAGGUCGAGCAAAAGAAGAAGAAUAAGGCGAUCGAAGCAUAAGCUACCCGCGAUCUUUGUGGUUUGGAGUUUCCAGUGUAUACGCUCUUUCGUUUCUGGGUGUUUCUGUUACGUGGAACGAGGUUCUCUGCCUUUAGAGACAGGAAGCCCGGCCUUGCAACCUUAAGACGGUUGUCACGACGGCAUAAUUGCGGAAUUAUGACUGCGCUGAGUCUUUUUCGGCUCUGGGUUGGCUGCUUGUUAUGACAUCUUAUAGGAGAUCUGAAGCAGGUCAAAAGCGCUCAUUAGGUGAUGCUGGCAAGGCUUGUAGCUGGGCGUGUAGCUGGACGUGCCAGCUUUGAUGAUUCAUUCGUAGGGAUGGGUUGAGAUACAGACUACCGUGCUAUUCUUUUGAGGCCUUGCUAAAGGCAGCAAACAAUACUACAUUGCUUCGAUUUGUAUAGUAUUCUCGGCAGCUUGAUAUAUGACGCGGCGUUGUAUUCUCAUGAGGAACUCUUUACAGCGCGUCUUUUAUCGAAGUUGAAAACAUGCUUGACCCUAGGUUCAUAAUUAUUCCUUCUACGUGACAUUCGGAAAUCGCCUUUUCGUACCAGAUAACUUCAAGGAGAAUAUAAAUC